AAAGAAAUGCGAGCCGACAGCUAAACUAACCUACACACUUCCCGUUGUGCUCGGUGUCACCUCGUCUGUCGUCCGGGUGGUUGGGGGCGAUGCUGCUAUCGCUGCAGAGAUGGAGUUGAAACCUCAAAACACUCAACUAGCAGCAGGAGUUUGAGACAAAGGAGACACCCAACGGAUAAUUGCAGGGUUCUCGUCUUAAAAAAAGAGUGAAGGAAGUUUAAAGAUGAAGUUGCUGAAGCCGAGCUGGGUGAGCCACAACGGCAAGCCCAUCUUCUCUGUCGACAUUCACCCAGAUGGAACUAAGUUUGCAACCGGCGGCCAAGGGGAGGAUUCUGGGAAGGUGAUGAUAUGGAACAUGGCGCCUGUCCUCCGCGAGGAAGAUGAGAAGAAUGAGAAUAUUCCCAAAAUGCUUUGCCAGAUGGACAAUCAUCUAGCGUGUGUAAACUGCGUGCGCUGGUCCAACAACGGGCUGUACCUGGCGUCCGGAGGAGACGACAAGCUGGUCAUGGUGUGGAAAAGAGCUGCGUUCAUCGGUCCCAGCACCGUGUUUGGGUCAAGCAGCAAACUGGCCAACGUGGAGCAGUGGCGAUGUGUCACCAUCCUGAGGAACCACACCGGAGAUGUGAUGGACGUGGCGUGGUCUCCUCAUGACGUGUGGUUGGCCUCCUGCAGCGUGGACAACACCAUCGUCAUCUGGAACGCUCGCAAAUUCCCAGAGAUGGUGACGUGUCUUCGGGGACACACGGGCCUGGUCAAGGGCCUGACGUGGGACCCGGUGGGCAAGUACAUCGCCUCGCAGGCCGACGACCACAGCCUGAAGGUGUGGAGGACGGUGGACUGGCAGAUGGAGGCCAACAUCACCAAACCUUUUAACGAGUGUGGCGGUACCACACACGUCCUGCGCCUGUCCUGGUCUCCCGACGGACAGUACCUGGUGUCAGCUCACGCCAUGAACAAUUCUGGACCCACGGCCCAGAUCGUGGAGCGGGACGGCUGGAAGACCAACAUGGACUUUGUGGGACACAGGAAAGCUGUCACGGUGGUGAAAUUCAACCCCAAGAUCUUCAAGAAGAAGCAGAAGAACGGCAGCGCUCCAAAGCCCAGCUGUCCGUACUGCUGCUGCGCCGUGGGCAGCAAAGAUCGCUCGCUCUCCGUCUGGUUGACUUCUCUGAAACGUCCCCUGGUGGUCAUCCACGAUCUGUUUGACAAAUCCAUCAUGGACAUUUCCUGGACGCUGACAGGUUUGGGCAUGUUGGUGUGUUCUAUGGACGGUACCGUGGCCUACCUGGACUUCUCCUUAGAUGAACUGGGAGACCCGCUUAGCGAGGAGGAGAAGAACACCAUCCAUCAGAACAUCUACGGCAAGAGUCUGGCCAUCACCAGCACGGAGGCGCAGCUGUCCACCACCAUCAUCGAGAACCCGGAGAUGCUCAAGUACCAGCAGGAGAGGCAGAACUCGGCCCAGAGCAACGCUGGGCCGGCGGGCGCCGGCACAGAGUCCUCCACCCCAAAACUCAACAGUGUGAUGAAUGGAGAGUCUCUGGAGGACAUCAGGAAGAACCUUCUGAAGAAGCAGGUGGAGACCAGAACCCCUGACGGCAGAAGACGGAUCACGCCGUUGUGUAUCGCUCAGCUGGACACCGGGGACUUCUCGCCGGCGCUCUUCAACAGCGUUCCCAUCCUGCCGUCCUCCUUGUCCAACCAGCUGCCCCCCCAGUUCAGCUCUGACUCCAGCCCGGCACAGGCUCCGCCCUCCCUGGGACUCAGGCCCAGCCACGACCCCAUGCUCACCCUGCCGCCUCCUCCGCCCAACAUGGCCGCCACCAAGGGCCUGGAGGACAACAAGGAUGCCCUUAAGUCCAGCCUGCUACUGACGUCCGCCUCCAAAAUCGAGCCGAUGAAAGCGUUGGACUCCAGGUUCACCGAGAGGUCCAAGGCCACGCCGGGCAUCACGUCCGCCAUAACCUCCACGACAGGUCUCGUGGCCCUCGACAGGCCUAAAGACGUGGCGUCCGUCCUGAAAGAUGUGAAGGCCAAAGAAGACACCAGCAGCGACAGCGAGGACAAGAUGGCCGCCAUCAACAAGAACUUGUGCAAACGGAAACCUGAGCUGCUGCUGAUGGAUGCUGCCGAGGUGGUGGAGAAGAGGAAGAAGGGGCGGCCCAGGAAGGACAAGAUGGCCCCGGCCAUCGCCCAGCCCUUCACGCAGAUUACGCCGCCCCUCGAGCGGGAGCCCCACAGGGCGGUGGCACUGUCUUCGACGCCUCCGUCGUCCUUCCUCAGGCUGCCAACGCCGAGCAUCCAGAAGUCCUUCAGCCUGCAGGUGAGCAUGGAGCCGUCGGUCUCGUUGGAGGUGGAGAACGAGGUGACGGCGGUGGCGGGCUACAGGCUGAGUCAGCUGCGGUGCUCCCGAGACGGACGCGAGUGGAACACGCUGCUGCCCAGCUCAGUGGUCGCCGCAGCGGGAAGCAGCGAUGUCCUCGCUGUGGCCUGCGAGGACAGGAUGCUGUCCGUCUUCUCCUCCUGCGGCCGCCGCCUCCUUCCGUCCAUCCAGUUGGCGGCGCCUGUGUCGGCCCUCAACUGCGCUGCCCACUUCGUCAUGGCGCUGACGGCCGGGGCGACGCUGUCCGUGUGGGACGUGCACAAGCAGAAGGCUCUGGUCAAGAACGAGUCGCUCAUGACCAUUUUAUCAGGUUCUGAGGCGACCGUGUCCCAGUCCCUGCUGACUCAGCAGGGCGUCCCCGUCAUCGGCCUGUCCAACGGGAAGUCUUUCUGCUUCAGCUCGUCUCUGGAGACGUGGACCCUGAUAGCGGAUCGAGGAGAUUGUCUGGUCCAGUGUGCCGACUUCAGGAGCUGCCUUCCCACCCAGGACGCGCCGGGCUCCUCAGGGCCUCUGGCCACCAUGCAGGGACGCAACCUCAACGCCGGUCGCAUGGCGUCCCGCCUCUCCGCCACGCCGCACCACCUGCAGCAGGGCAUGACCUUGGCCUUCCUGGAGAACCAGCUGGCCUCGGCACUCACCUUGCAGUCGGCGCAGGAGUACCGCUACUGGCUGCUAAUCUACGCCCGCUUCCUCGUCAACGAAGGCUCAGAGUUUAGACUGCGAGAACUUUGCAAGGAGCUGCUGGGUCCUGUACACAAAUCAGCUGCGACCGCAUGGGAGACCACCACCAUGGGGCUACGUAAGCGGGAGCUGUUACAGGAGGUGCUGCCCGUCAUCGGGGAGAACCUGCGCUUCCAGAGACUGUUCACUGAGUACCAGGACCAGCUGGAGCUGCUGCGAAACAAAUAACACAACCCCCCUCACCCCAAACGACGCUCCUCCACCUACCUGACGUGAGCGCGGUGGAGCCGUGGGAGUGAUUCCUGUCCCCCAGCUUGGUCUAUGCACCCGCCCACCCCUGAUCAUCAACCGCUGCCAAAGCGCAGGGCGCCACCUGCAGCCACACACACACACACACACACACACACACACACACACACCAUCUCAGCAAUACGCUCCAACCAAAGCAAUGCCUUCCAACGGUCAGAAGAAGUCAACACUCUCAUAACCUCUUUCAACCUCUUUCUGAUUGAACGCGUGGAGGCAAAAAAAGCCUCCACAAACUGGGAAGUCUUUUUUGUUUUGUUUUGUUUUGUUUGACAUGUCAUUGAAAUCAUGAGAUGAACCUGAGCGGCAUCAUGCUUUUACUGUGAAGGUGGAAGGAACGCGAGGCUCUCCUGUUUUAGAGGAGUUCCGUUGCCAUCUUGUGUGCAAAGAAUCCACUCAGACUUGUUUGGACCCGCUCCACCCCCAAAGCGGUCUUUCUGUGUAAAUAAGCCGAAAUCAACGCAAAGCACCGUGACGAGCCUCCUUUGCUUUUUCUUUGUCUUUCUGUGUGUGUGUGUGUGUAAGUGCAUGAUGUAACAAUCACAUCAGCUUGUUUUGUUUAACUUUCAUUAGUUUCAUGUUUGCUUUAUUGUGUGUGUGUGUGUGUGGGGCGUGCAUGUUGUCUCUUGGUCUGUGAGUCAUUUUUUUUAAUAUGUGUACAUUUUUUGUGGUUUUCUAUAUGAGAGAAGCAGAGAGAACUAAAGUAUUGCUUUGGCAGAAAAAAGAAGAAAUAUUAAACAUUUGUUUUUUUGCUAUUUUCUGGUGCAUUUCCUCCUAAAAAGUCAGUUGAUCAUUUUUUGGAUGUUUUAUUUGCAACUUCCUGUCCACAAAGAUCUACUUCCUGUGACCUUGAAGACGUCUUUAUUGAAAUAGCGUUUAAUGAUACUAAUGAGAUUUUGUCUUGUGCAUCAGGCCAGAGGUGGUAUGCUAUCUAGAGUGGCUGUUGGCGCCCCCGGUGGUGGACGCGGUGAGCUGCAGCAGCACCUGAAGACCCAGCAAGUGGUUGGCGCUGGAGCCGAUCCAGUGUCGUAUGAGCUGGUGGGCAAUGGUCUGUUUGGGAGGGAGGACGAGGCCUCCGCUGGACCCUCUGAGCAGUGCCUCCAUCACCUGCCGGCAUAUGUCCGUCACCACGUGUCUAAAGGGGGUACUAACAGGUACUAUCUGUGUCCAAAAUGUCCAAACCACACUGACUCCUGCUCCAACUGUCGUCAUGCAGGGUUACUAACCUGUUUGGUAGCGAAGCUCGUCAGACCAGGGGUGUCCAAAGCGCGGCCCGGAGGACAUUUGCAGUUAUUUUAUUGGCUAAAAAUAUGAUUUUGCAAGAAAACUAAAAAAAAAAAUGCAGUAAUUUGACAAGAAUAGAGUCAAAAUAGUAAGACAAAAAGUCAUAAUUUCACAAGAAUAAUGUAAUAUUAUGAGGAAAAAUAUUUUAGUAGCAUAACUUUGAACUAUUAAAGAAAAAAAACUUUUUUUUAAGCCGUAACAUAAAAAAAAAAAAAAAGUGGAAAAUUGUCUUGGAGAAAAAGUUAUAUUAGAAGAAUAAAGUCAUGGAACAAUAUCAUCAUUAUGAGAAGAAAAUGUACAAGACAAAAAGCUGAACCAUUAAGAACAUUUUUACAGGAAAAAAAGUCAAAACAUUAAGAGAAAAAUGUAUUCUAACCAGGAGAAAAGUCACAAUUUUAUGAGAAUAAAGUUGAAAAAUAAUGUCUAUAGUAGCAUACAAAGACAAAGCAAACAAAGAAUUAAGUUAUUGAAAAAUUGGGUUGGGGAAAAAGUUUGAAUAAAGUGAAAAUAUGUGAAAUAUGACGAAGAAAAUUUACAACAAUUUGGAAAAUUAAAAAACAAAAACAGCAGCAGAAAUCGGUCCGAAUUUAUCAAAAGAAACAUGUAAUAUUAUGUGGAAAAAUGUAAUUUUAGUAGCAGCGUUCCAAUCUUAACUGCUGUUUACAUCCCACCACGAGCUAACACCGCUAGCGCACUAGGCCUCCUGCAUGACAUCAUUGAUAAACACGAGACCAAACACCCAGACGCUGUAUUCAUUAUAUCUGGCGAUUUCAACCACUGUAACCUCAGGACUGUCCUCCCCAAAUAUUACCAGCAUGUGAGCUUUCCCACAAGGGAAAAUAACAUCCUGGACCAAGUCUACAGCAACAUGAAAGGUUCUUUGAAGGCUGUUCCAGGACCCCACUUUGGAAAGGCUGACCACAUCUCCAUAUUCCUUUAUCCAACAUACAGACAACUUCUUAAACAAGCUCCCCCUGUAAGUACAGCAGUUAAAGUGUGGAAUGAAGAAACUGAUCAAGUACUUCAGGACUGCUUUGGCUGCACAAACUGGGAUGUGUUUAAAACUGCAGCGGGGAGGGAAGAUUGUACUGUUGAUUUGGAUGAAUAUGCUUCUGCUGUUAGUGGCUACAUUAGCACAUGUAUAGAGACUGUUACCACCACCAAGUAUUACAGAAAAUACCCUAAUCAAAAACAGUGGAUGAACUGUGAUGUAAGGGCUAAGCUACGUGCUCGUUCGACUGCAUUUGUCAUGGGCACCGCUGAGGACUACAAAAAGACCAGAUAUGACCUGAGGAGGUCCAUACGAGAGGCCAAAAGACAGUACAGACAGAAGCUGGAGGGCUACUAUUCCACCUCAGACCCUCGGCGCAUGUGGGCGGGGCUCCAGCACAUCACAGACUAUCGACAGCGGAGUAGCGUAGCCACGUCCAGCCAAACCACACUUCCUGAUGAGCUGAAUGAGUUCUAUGCCCGCUUUGACACCCAAACUCCUGAUGAGCAGAGAGGGUGGCUGGACUUGGGGAGCACACAGGACUCACCUCUCAUGGUGACAUCAGCUGAUGUGCGCAGGGUUCUGAACAAAACAAACCCACGAAAAGCAGCAGGCCCAGACAACAUCUCAGGACGUGCACUUCGGGUUUGCUCAUCAGAGCUAGCUGAUGUGCUUGCUGACAUAUUUAACCUGUCGCUUGCACAAGCAUCUGUACCGACCUGCUUUAAGUCCACCACCAUAGUGCCCGUACCCAAGAAGAGCAACGUGACCUGCUUGAAUGACUAUCGCCCUAUAGCACUCACUCCUAUUGUUAUGAAGUGCUUUGAAAGAUUAGUCAUGACCCACAUCAAAAAGAGCAUCCCGGAGGCAACUGUGGACCCUCUACAGUUUGCAUAUCGCCAGAACCGGUCCACGGAUGAUGCAGUCAACACUGCCAUCCACACAGCCCUUUCUCACCUACAGGGCCAGGACACAUAUGUCAGAAUGCUAUUUAUAGACUAUAGCUCUGCUUUUAAUACAGUCAGCCCCCACAAACUCACAAAUAAGCUCCUCCCACUUGGCCUGUCUCCCUCCCUCUGUAACUGGGUGUUUAACUUUCUCACAGGCAGGCCCCAGUCAGUCAGAGUCCACAAUCGCACAUCCAGCUCAAGAAUUGUGAGCACUGGGACCCCACAGGGGUGUGUGCUGAGUCCGCUCCUCUACACGCUCUUCACCUACGAUUGCGUGGCCUCCCAGAACAACACCAGCAUCAUUAAAUUUGCGGAUGACACUACAGUCAUCGGCCUGAUCACUGGUGGUGUUGAAACAUCAUACAGAAGAGAGGUGGCGGACCUCAUAGCUUGGUGUCGUGAUAACAAUCUCCUUCUCAAUACAGAUAAGACUAAAGAGAUGAUCAUCGACCCAAGAACAAGGGAAAAGGAGCCGCAUAGACCCCUGUUUAUUGAUGAGACUGAGGUGGAGAGGGUGAAAACCUUCAAGUUCCUUGGCACACACAUCAGCGAGAACCUCACCUGGUCUCACAACACCCAACAAAUUCUGAAGAAGUCCCAAAGGAGACUGUACUUCCUGAGAAGACUGAGGAAAUUUGGCAUGUCCACCACAAUCCUGAGUUGCUUCUACAGAUGCACUAUGGAAAGUGUCCUUACCGCCUCCAUCACUGUUUGGUACGGUAACUGUACAACACGUGAUAGGAAGGCACUCCAGCGGGUGAUCAAGACCUCACAGAACAUUGUUGGGGCAGCCCUCCCCUCACUGCAAGACAUUUAUAAAUCUAGAGUCCUAGGAAGAACACACAACCUCAUCAAGGACAGCACACAUCCACAACACUCAUUAUUCACACUCCUACCGUCAGGCAGACGCUACAGGAGUUUGAAGUCCAGGACCACAAGGCUGGCAAACAGCUUUUACCCACAGGCCAUCAGGCUUCUCAACGAAGCACUCACACACGCCGCACGCAACACACGCACACACUCAUAGCACUUUAUUUAUUUAUUUAUUUAUUUAUUUGUAUUAAUGUCUCUUCUGUUGUUGUUGCUUAAUUUAUUGGUAUUUAUGUUUCUUAUGUUCUUAUUCUUUCUUGUGUUUUCUUUCUUUUCUUGGGAGAAUGAACAGAAUAAGAUUUUCAUUGCAUAGUAUAACUGCUGUCUUACUAUGCAUAUGACAAUAAAACUCUCUUGAAUCUUGAAUAUUAAAUGAAAGAAAAUGCUUCUUUAAAAGUCAUAAAUGGAGAAACAAAAACAAAGAUUAAAGUUGUAAUUUUUUGGAAAACUGGGUUGGGGAAAAUGUAACAUUACAAGAAUAAAGUCAUAAUAUUACAUGAAGAAAAAAUUACAAGAAUUUGGAAAAUUAAAAAUAAGUAGCUGCGGAAAUGGGGGAAAAUGGCAGAAAUUUUGAGGAAAAAAAGUCACAAUUUUACAAGAAUAAGCUCAUUUAUGUUAUGAGGAAAAAUGUCAUCUUGGUAGCAUAGAGUUGAAAUAUGAAAGAAAAACUUUUUAAAAAGACGUCAUAUGAAAAACAAACAGAACCAAAAUAAAGUUUUAAUUUUUGUCAAGUGAGGUUGGGGGAAAAAAGUCCCAAUGUUAUGGGAAUAAAGUCACAAUUAUGACAAGGAAAUUUUCAAGAAGAGAGUUGAACUAUUUGGAAAAUAAAAAAAUUAGUUUGGGGGGGGGUUCUAAUCAUGAGAUUGAGGUCAUAUUAUGAGAACAUUUUGCAAAGAUUAAAUUCAAAAAAUUGAAAUAUUUGGAAAUUUUUUCAGUAAAAAACAAAAAAAAAAGUUUGGACACCCCUGGUGCGUUAAGUGCUCUUUGGUUUUUGCAGGUUCCUGCUGCACUUCUUCCCAGUGGAACAGCAUCCUCCCCAAAUCAAAGGCAAGGCAGGCCGGGCUGAACCAUUACCAUGCAGUGCAAACAUACGUGUGUGUGUGUGUGAGAGAGAGAGAGAGACAUUUGUACCUGUUGCCGGGGGAACCAUUGGGCAUCCUCAAUCUCCUCGUGGUCCACCCGGACUCCUGUCGUCACAGCGACGGCCAGGCAGCCAAUCAUGAGCUGGGAGGGCAUGGGCCACGGCUGGCACGACACGUAGCGGACCGCUCCCAUCUUCACGCCGCUUUCCUCUUCCACUUCCCGCCUCACCGCCACCUCCAGCGUCUCACCUGCCGAGACACUUCAUCUGUCACCUGUCUGUCUGCGUGCGUGGCGUGCGUGCGUGCUCUUACCAGGUUCUACGAAUCCGGCCAGGCAAGAGAACAUUCCUUUUGGAAAGAUGUUCUUCCGGCCCAGCAGACACUGGUUUCCGUCAGGAUGGAUGACCAGCAUGAUGACCACUGGGUCUGAAACACACUGAUGGUCAGUCCGUGUCACGGGGUGGGCGGGGACUGAAGCGGGGCGUGGCUGGGUACCAAUGCGGGGGUAGCAGGUGUUGUGAACUCCCUGCAGGCUCUUGCAGGCGGAGUUUCGGCAGCUCCUCUUGUGCCCCCCCUCCUCCGCCUGGGUGCCACUCCCACAUGUGGGACAGAAGCCGUAGCGGCUGUGCCACGCCAGCAGCGACCGGGCCGGCGCCAGCACGCCUGGAAAGGAGGAGGAGGUUGCAUCAUCUGCACAUGCCGAGGCAAAGCCCAGAGGAGACUUCCCUCACCGGCGUCUUCCUCGCUGAGCAUCAGCAGGUCUCUGCGGGGCGACUUUGGGAAGGAGCACUUCCUUCCCGGGCAGCGCUGAAGGAGCACCGUGGCAUCCUCAUCUGUGCUGAUGGCGAACCAGGCAGGAGGCUCGGCUUUGCUUCGGUCCACCCCCAGGAAGACCACCAAAGUGUCCUCCCUCCGGAGCAGAUCUUUGACGACGUCGUAAGUGAGGCGACACAGCUACAGGUGAGAAUAUCAAAAUGUGAAGCCUCCCUUUUAAAAAUAAAAACGUAAAAAAAGGCUUUCUGACCUCCACGGCGCCAUCCUCCCGGGAGCUGCCCACCAUGGGACUGAGGCCAGAGAAGAGGAGGAAGACGGAGGCAGGAUGUGUCUUUUUGGCCUCCAGCCAGGCGGCGUCAGUCCUCUUGCUGCUCAGGCGGUCCAAUGUCUCACGGCUGAAGUAGUUCUCGUGCGGGCUGAGUUGGGCAUCCUGGGGCCCGCCCAGCAGGACCCAGAUGUGCUUGUGGCCCCAGAAGCGGGCAAUGUCGUAGGCGGUCUGUGACGAGCUGUUUACCGACCACUUAUCGCAGCUUUGAUGCACACACAAGAAGAAGAAUAGUUCACAAGAUGGACACUCGGGAAGAGGAAACGCUUCCUACCCAUGUGACAGCAGAGCCUCCGCCACUGGCUGAUGGCCGUUGCGAGCGGCGAGCAUCAACGCUGUCCAGCCGCUGUGUCCCGCCCGGUUGAGGAGCGAGGGGGCGUGAGACAGUAGCAAGGACACCUGAGCCGUGUCUCCCCGGGACGCCGCGUCCAGGAACUUCUCCACCAUCUCCUCCUUGGCGCUCAGCUGCCAGCUCGUCAUUUCUGGAGAGAGGACACAACAUUAGGAGUAGAAGGUAAGGACGCUCUGGUGGUUUCCUCGGACCAGCAGCAGAGGUGGAAGAUCCUUGGACAGCGUUUCCAGCCAGCACAUGUAGAGGGCGCUAGACACCGCGCCCUUCCUCGCCAGAGGCAUCGUCCUGACAAGCCAAUCAAGACAGUUAAUUAGCUCGUACCGAUGCCGGCCUGUCCAACGAUCCAGGACAUCCUGAUGAAGAGCAUCACGCCCCAGAUGUUAAGCAUGCAUCUCACCUGCAACACACAACAUCUGCUCAGCCAAUUACGGAGCUCCCAUUGAUCACAUGACUCCAGCAUACUUCCACCCACCAGAAGAGGAUCAACAAAAGGACGCCUUUCACCCAACCAAACUUGACCGUUCCUCCUUUGGCCUCCUUCGCCGCCCUGGCCGCCGCCUCCUCGGCCGCCGACGUCUCCUCUCCAUUGGCCAUCCCAUCCUCGAAGGGGUCCUAGAGAGUCGGAAGAUGGAAGGAAGAAUCUUCUUCAGGUUGAUGGUCAGCAGCUCAGAGAAGAAGUCAUCGUUGACGUCGCUGCUGCCUUGCAGGAGGUCCCUUCUGGAAGGUAAAGCAGGGACAAUAACCUUCAUGGUCUCCGUUGGGGUCCAUCCUGGUCUUCCAGAACCUACUGGUGCUGGGCCAAGUCUGCCAUGGAGCCCAGCGUGGCCAGCCUCUGCUCCAGGGAGAACAUCUUGACGGUCAGGUAACACGACGACAGCACCAGCGCACACAUGCUGACACAUACAUACACACACACACACACACACGUAGAUGAAGGAGUGUGUUGAGGAACGUUGUUGGUGAUGAUGAAGGUGACACUUACAGGAAGAGGUAAAGACAGAGAAGAGUGUUGAGUGAAAAUGUUCUCUCCUCCUUCUUGGCCUCCACACCUAAACGACAACGACACAAUCAGCACACACAUCACCAACAAAGCAACAACUGGAUGGAGUCUUCUUACAUUCCUGCUUCUUGGCGUGAUGUCCAGGAGGUGCUGACACGUCACCGUGCUUGAAAGCCUCCAGGAAGGACGGAACAUGGAAGUCUGGAAGACACGGAAUCAUUUGGUCCACUUGUACACACUUGUAAUUGCACGCUUUGACCACUAUGGGCGACUGGUGCACUCGCUGUGUACAGGAUUACGAUGUACGAUACAGUCAUCAUGUGACGCUCUUGAUUGGCUGAGAUACCUGCCAUCUUUUCCUCGUCGGGCGUUUGCAAAUCGGAGCUGCUGCUCUCCUCCGUGUCCCGCCUCCUGUCCCUCAGCGCUCCGUCCAAAGCACCAAAGUUGGCGUGGAAACCCUGCCGAGGCGCACCGGCGUCCCGUCAAAGAGGAAGCAUUGGUGUGUUGUUGUGUCGUGUUGCGUUGAGUCGUGUUGUGUUGAGUCGUGUUGCGUUGAGUCGUGUUAGGUUGAGUUGUGUUUGGUUGAGUCGUGUUUGGUUGAGUUGUGUUGCAUUGAGUCGUGUUGUGUUGAGUCGUGUUGUGUUGAGUCGUGUUUGGUUGAGUUGUGUUGCAUUGAGUCGUGUUGCGUUGAGUCGUGUUGCGUUGAUUCGUGUUAGGUUGAGUUGUGUUAGGUUGAGUCGUGUUUGGUUGAGUUGUGCUGCAUUGAGUCGUGUUGUGUUGAGUCGUGUUGUGUUGAGUUGUGUUAGGUUGAGUUGUGUUUGGUUGAGUCGUGUUUGGUUGAGUUGUGUUGCAUUGAGUCGUGUUGUGUUGAGUCGUGUUGUGUUGAGUCGUGUUUGGUUGAGUUGUGUUGCAUUGAGUCGUGUUGCGUUGAGUCGUGUUGUGUUGAGUCGUGUUGUCUUGAGUCGUGUUAGGUUGAGUCGUGUUUGGUUGAGUCG